CAGAAACGGACCGAACAUGCCGUCCGCACAGGCACUUGCCAACGUGAAAGAACACGGCUGAGAAGAUGAGUUUCCAACCUGGUGAUAUUGUGAUCAAAGGUUCGUGGCCAUGCAAGUUGGUGAAUAUGGAGAGAGGAAGGAAUCCCGUCUCAUGGAGAGUAGAAUAUUUUACCUGGAAAGCGAAAGGCCGAACGAGUAUUGUUCCACAGGGUGCGAUUUUCGCUUUGCAUCGAGACUAUCGAUUCAAAAAGUCUACGGAGCAACACACCAAAGCUAUUAAAGAGGCUAAGGAAACAUUAGGAGGCAAACUAUGGGGAUCUCAAUGUGGCAGAGCACCAUCGUACAAAAAGCUCGAGUUUAACGGAGUCGAAAACACCCCUGAUCAAAUACAAAAAAUUGUCUCUCGCGACUUAAAAUUGGAAUUGGACGAUAGUGAAGAUAUUCGAAAAAGUGGAACAAAUGGAAAUCAUCACAGAGGUGAACCGAAAGAGGAACUAGAAAAGGAAGAGCAAGAAAAAGAAGAGAGAAUGAAGGAAGAUGAAGAAAAGAAUGGAGAUGGAGAAUAUGAAGAUGACGAGGAUCAAAAGAUGGCUGAUGAGAAGAACCGAAACUAUAAGGCUCCCAUGAAUCGCAAAAGAUUUCUCACCGAGGAUAAAGACGACGCUCUGUUCAGCCCACCACCUCCUAAACAGAAGACUACGCCGAAUUCCACAAUCUGGGGCACAUUUGUGACAAAAAUUAGUGGCUUUCUCGGCGGAAAAUAAGCACCCUUUGUUUUUCAUUUCGUUGCCCCUAUCUAAUUUAAUGUAUCAAACCUGAAAAUGCCAUUGAAUCAAUUCAACUAUGUUUUCUAUUUCUCCUUUUUUUAAAUCAUUUUUUUUAAAACUUCACAAAUAUAUACAUAUAUAUAUACUGUAUUCAUAAUUUUUUUUCUCAAAAAUUAAGUACUUCACCGGAGCAAGAAAUUCAAAAUUCUCUAAAUGUUUCCCAACAUCUGGGUAUUUUCGAUUUCGUUCAACUCGAGCUUUUUGUACGAUAGUGUUCUGUCACUUUGAGCACCCUGGAAAAAUAUGAACAUUUUCUAAAUUCUAUUAAAAUAGCUACGAUCCAAAUUUUUUCUCUAAAUUUUUCUUUGUCCUCUUCAAUGGCUUGGCGUGUUGCAAAAUUUUUCAAAUGUUCCCAACAUUUUCUUUAUUUCUUUGAAUUUAUUUUAAUUUGUGUUGAAUAAACUGAUAAUAUGAAA